AUGGCUGGUGAGAGUGAAAGCAACUUGACGAAGGGAUUCGAGGAAGAAGAAAAGAAUGCACCCUCAAUCAUUUUUAUUGAUGAGAUAGAUUCUAUUGCUCCAAAGAGGGAAAAGACCCAUGGUGAAGUGGAAAAGCGUAUAGUAUCUCAACUUCUUACUUUAAUGGAUGGCCUUAAGUCUCGUGUUAUUGUCAUGGGAGCUACGAAUAGGCCAAACAGCAUUGAUCCUACUCUGAGGAGAUUCGGUAGAUUCGAUAGAGAGAUUGACAUCGGUGUUCCAGAUGAAGUUGGAAGAUUGGAAGUUUUAAGAAUCCAUACAAAGAAGAUGAAACUUGCAGCUGAUGUAAGAUUUUUCCACUGGCUUUUCAUAUCACAUAGUUUUGUGUUUUACUGCGGCAACAAUCUUGCUGCUUUCUGCUCAGAGGCUGCUUUUCAGUGCAUCCGGGAGAAAAUGGAUGUGAUUGACUUAGAAGACUAUACGAUUGAUGCUGAGGUGUUGAAUUCCAUGGCUGUGACGAAUGAACACUUCCAGACUGCAUUGGCCUCUACAAAUCCUUCAGCCUUGAGAGAAACUGUUGUGGAGGUACCUAAUGUCCCAUGGGAUGCCAUUGGUGGCUUGGAGAAUGUCAAAAGAGAACUUCAAGAGGUUUGUGAACUGUCCAAUACCCCCGUGGAGCAUCCAGAGAAGUUCGAGAAAUUUGGCAUGUCGCCUUCUAAAGGUGUUCUCUUUUAUGCACCACCUGGAUGUGGAAAAGCCCUUCUUGCCAAGGCAAUUGCCAAUGAAUGUCAGGCCAACUUCAUCAGCAUCAAAGGACCCGAAUUGCUGACAAUGUGGUUUGGAGAAAGUGAGGCAAAUGUGCGUGAGAUCUUUGACAAGGCUCGCCAGUCUGCUCCUUGUGUUCUUUUCUUUGAUGAGCUGGACUCAAUUGCAUCUCAGCGUGGCAAUUCUGUAAGAGACGCGGGUGGCCCUAGAGAUAAGAGUCUUGAACCAACUUCUAACUGA